AUGGCCAGUGAUCAGUUCCCGUUUGUCUGCAAAUUCAUUGCUUUCAUUACUGAUCUGAGAAAAAAAAUCAGCAACCAAGGCGACCAAAAAGACAGAGAGAGAGAGAGAGAGAGAGAGAGGACACACUUGGUAGAGAAGUCUGAAUCCCAAACCUCUUGUGUAAAUGACUACAGAAGCAGCAAGGGAGUGGAGAAUCAGGCCCCAGGAAGGAACCAGCAGAAAUCUUUAGAGGGAGAGAAGCUCCUUGUGCUUUCCAGAAGAUGGCGCUCAUUCUCCAUUGGAUUGGGGAGCAGCCUGAGCCUGAGGCAGAGAAAGGAGCUACUUGAACAAGAUGCAAAGAUACUUUGCUUGAGCCUGAGCUGCUGUCACAGUCUCUCACCCAACGUCAACUCAGCACCUUCUGCUGUUUUCAUCGUAGACAUCAGCUCCCUGCAGGUUCUGAGAUGGGGUGACACUAGAACAGGGAGUGACAAACAAAGUACCAUGGGACAAGAAGAAAGGACACGUUACCCCCAGGCAAGCUGGAGAGUUUUUCCGAAUGGGAUUUCACUGGUCUAUAAUAAAUGUUCCAGUCACAGAAUAUCAGGGUUUGGAAGGGACCUCAAGCGGUCAUCUGGUCUAACCCCCUGCUCAGAGCAGGACCAAUCCCCAGACAGAUUUUUACCCUAGUUCCCUAAAUGCCCCCUUCAAGGAUUGAACUCACAACCCUGGGUUUAGCAGGCCAACGCUCAACCCACUGUAAAAGCGGAGAGUCUCAGUGCUUAAAGAAACACUGGACUAAAUAGUGACCAAAGCAAAAAGAGAAAGAAAAAUGUAGCUCUUUGGUACAAAUUAAAAAAAAUAAAUACUGCAUGUAACACACCGUUGCGCCUCCUUAGCUAGGUGGCAUGAACAGACUCUGCUUCUAGAAAACUGGUUGUUGCAUAGGUGUGUGUCCACAGAGUGGCAGC